UCCUUGAUUCAAAUGUUAGUCAAGAGGAAGAAGGAAAACGAAUUCAAGAGCCGCUCUCAAGCAUCUAGAAUUUUCUGCACCCCUCCUCUUGAAGAGAGACUAGCCCAGUUCUGACAAUUAGAAGCUGGAUUUCCCUCUUAAAGCACAACCUGCAUUUAAGCCUUUGGAUAAAAUUGGAAGAAACCAAUCUGUGAGUACUGUGGACUGUGCAGAAGGCAGAGGGCUGACAAUUGCCACUAAAAACAGACAGAUGGCAGGCCCAAGGCCCAGCAGUGACGCUGACCCUGAAAUUGAGCUUUUUGUGAAGGCUGGAAGUGAUGGGGAGAGUAUUGGAAAUUGUCCCUUUAGUCAACGCCUUUUUAUGAUCCUCUGGCUUAAAGGAGUUAAAUUCAAUGUGACUACUGUUGACAUGACCAGAAAGCCUGAAGAGCUGAAGGACUUAGCCCCAGGCACCAAUCCUCCCUUCCUGGUAUAUAACAAGGAGUUGAAAACAGACUUCAUUAAAAUUGAGGAGUUUCUAGAGCAGACACUGGCUCCUCCAAGGUAUCCUCACUUGAGUCCCAGGAACAAGGAGUCCUUUGAUGUGGGCUGUAAUCUCUUUGCCAAGUUUUCUGCAUACAUUAAGAAUACACAAAAGGAGGCAAAUAAGACCUUUGAAAAAUCUCUGCUUAAAGAAUUUAAGCGUCUGGAUGACUACUUGAACACCCCACUUCUGGAUGAAAUUGAUCCAGACAGUGCUGAAGAACUCACAGUCUCCAGAAGAUUGUUCUUGGAUGGUGAUCAACUGACCCUGGCUGACUGCAGUUUGUUACCCAAACUGCACAUUAUUAAAGUUGCUGCAAAGAAAUACCGUGACUUUGACAUUCCAGUAGAAUUCUCAGGAGUCUGGCGCUAUCUCCACAAUGCCUACACCCGUGAAGAAUUUACCCACACGUGUCCAGAAGACAAAGAAAUUGAAAAUACCUAUGCAAGUGUGGCUAAACAGAAGAGUUAGGACAGCCCUUUCAGUAGAAAAAUCUCUCUUUUCACUUGCUAUUAUAUUAGAAAGUCUUUUAGAAAUAAGAAUAUGGAAAAUGCUGUUUUCUCUAUUCAACUUUCUUAUGAAAAAGAAUACUGUAUUUUCUGUACCUAGUUAAUCCAAACUAUCUGCUUACUGUGUAUUUUACAGGUCUUCAUAUUUCAUAUUUUAAUUCCCAUAGCACAAACACUGCAAUUUUAAAUGAUAUGAAAAGUGUCAAUAUCUUUUACCAUUUGAUUGAAAUCCUAAAAGGUAUCAUGUGUGCAAGCUCAACCGAUAGCUAAAGUUACAAAUGACAUAUAGUCAUGGUUUCAAACUGUCCCUUAGAGACAUUUCCACCUAAAUCUUUAAAACAAUUUUACUAAGACAUCUGACUGAUCAAAAGGUCUUGUUGCUAUUCAUUAAAGGGUAAAGUAAACCAUUCUUAGAGAAUAAUCAUAAAUCUUUCUACAGAAUUUUAAACUGUUCCAUUAUUACAUGUACUCAGAUGUCCAUCUUAAAAUGCAAUCAAAUCGCUCAAAUCUGAAAACAAAAACUGAACUUUACACAUGGUCCUUCAGAGAAGAAACAAAGUUCAGCCUCAAAAAAGAAAUACAGGUGUUAUUACAUGUCUUGGUGGGAGUUAGAUAAAAUUUAUUUAUUUUUGGCCAACCCCAGGGCAUGUGGGAUCUCAGUUCAGUUCCCCUACCAGGGACGGAAACCAUGCCCCUUACAGUGGAAGCACUGAGUCUUCACCACUAGGGAAUUCCCUAGAUAAAAUCUCAAUGAAGUAAUGUUUUAAUAGGUUCAAAGAAAAGUAAGGCAAUGAGUAAAGAGUUAACAGGUACAUGAAACAGGCACAUGAAAGGAUGCUCAUUAUCGCCAAUUAUUAGAGAAAUACAAAUCAAAACUGCAAUGAGGUACCAGCCCACACUGGUCAGAAUGACCAACAUUAAAAGGUCUACAAAUAACAAAUGCUGGGUAGGGUGUGGAGAAAAGGGAACCCUCCUACACUGCUGGUGGGAAUGUAAACUUGUGUAGCCACUACAGGGAACAGUAUGGAGGUUCCUCAAAAAACUAAAAAUGGAGCUACCAUAUGACCCUGCAAUCCCAUUUCCAGGCAUAUAUUUAGAACUAUAAUUUGAAAAGAUACAUGCACCCAUAUGUUCACAGCAGCACUACUUACAAUAGCCAAGAAACUGAAACAACCUAAAUGUCCAUCAACAGAUGAAUGGAUAAAAAAGAUAUGAUGUGUGUGUGUGUGUGUGUGUGUGUGUGUGCAUGGUGUGCUAAGUUGCUUCAGUCAUGUCCGACCCUUUGCGACCCUAUGGACUGUAGCCUGCCAGGCUUCUCUCUCCACGGGAUUCUCCAGGCAAGAAUACUGGAGCGGGUUGUCAUGCCCUCCUCCAGGGGAUCUUCCCAACCCAGGAAUCGAACAUGACUCUUUUAUGUUUCGUGCAUUGGCAGGUGGGUUCUUUACCAGUAGUGCCACAUGGGAUGGCCUUGACACAUGCACGCUACUAUAUAUAAAAUAACUAUAAAGACCUACUGUACAGGAAACUCCACUUAACACUCAGUAAUGACCUAUACGGGGAAAGAAUCCAAAAAAAGAGUGGAUAUAUGUAUAACUGAUUCACUUUGCUGUACACCUGAAACUAACAAAUCAUUGUAUAUUAAAUGUACUCCAAUAAAAAAUAAUUAUUAAAAAACAGA